UCUUUUUUUUCUCUGUCGAAAGUGACUUUCUCUCUCUCUCUCUAAAAGAAAGAAAGGAAAAAACAAUUUCUUUUAUAUGUUGGCUUUAUUUUCUCUCUCUAAAUACUCUCCUUUGCUUUCAAGUUAUCUUCUUUUUGGCUCUGCCUUUCUUCAAAAACCCUGAUAGACAAAUAAAUAUCCAUCUCUUGUUUUCUUUUUUUAUUUCUUCUCUUUUUGCAGAUCUCUACUGGGUUUCCAAAGCCUCUCUCUCUUUCUUUAGAGCUUGGGCUAGUGAAGGUGAUUUUUUUGGGAAUUUUUCUGGGUAUAAAAUUCAAGUACUUUGAGGGUCUUAUUGUUUAAAAGUUCGACGACUGGGUCUCAUGAGAAUUGUCAGGGGAAUGCAGAGAUUGUUUCGUGAGGAGGUGAACGUGCUGGGCUGGAAGAAAUCCUUCUGCCAAGGGAUUGGUAUUACCACGCCCAAGGCAAGAACGCGUAACAAACCUAUGAUUAGGGUUCUGGGUCUCUAAGUUUAGGGGUUUUGAAUUAGGGUUAGGGUUUCUCAUUGAAAACAAUUAUCCUCGGAAGCAAUGACUCGCAUUUUGAUUCAACGAGGUUCCACUGGCAGCUCUUCUUCUAAUCCAAGCCGUUCUUCUUCGGUGCCCGGGCCUUCUUCUUCUCGGGCAGAGCCACAAGUUUCCUCUCAUCAAGUUCCUUCAGCUGCAAAAGAUGAGGAAGUUAGUGAGGAAUUGCAGGAACAAGUUGCUUCAGAUGAGCUUUUAGAGUGUGCCAGAAGUAGUGAAAAUAAGGCUGUGAAAAGUGACGAUCCUUUGCCAGAAAACUUGCAUAAUGAUCGGAAUGAAACUUCGAGUGAUUCAAUUGCUCAGGCUGAGAAAUUGAACACUCUUGAUGCCUCGAGUGCAUGGGAUAUGAUGAACGAUUUGGGUGGGUUGAGGAUUUUAGAAAAAGUUGCUGCUGAAACUGUAGGUGCAAGUAGUGAUCCCUUACCAAUUGGCAGUGGAAGCCUCAAUCCGCCUCCACCUCCUGUUCCACCACCUAAACCUUCAUCAGCAAAUUCAAAUUCAAGAAGAUUUGUCUUGGGAAGUUCAAAUACUGUUCGUGCUGGAUCAUCUAGAAGAGCUGUUGCUUGGCCCAUUGUUUCAACAAGGACAUCGCCAUCUGGAUCACGGCCUUCUUCUCCUAGAUCUCAUGGUGAGAGUGAGGGUUACAAUAGUGCUGAUGAGCAGAACUCAUGUUUUGUAUCCUCCUACGAUGAUGCAGAAAGGGAACGUCAAUUUGAAAUUGAUAUUAGACGAGCAAAAGGUUUGGAAGUCAAACGGAUGCUAGAAGAUGGGAAUUGCCUCUUCCGUGCUGUAGCUGAUCAAGUGUAUGGGGACUCUGAAGCUUAUGAUUUGAUUCGACAAAUGUGCAUUGACUACAUGGAGCGAGAGAGGGAUCACUUUUCUCAGUUUAUAACAGAAGGUUUUACAUCUUACUGCAAGAGGAAAAGAAGAGAUAAGGUCUAUGGGAACAAUGUGGAGAUUCAAGCCUUAUCAGAAAUGUAUAACAGGCCUAUUCAUAUCUAUUCCUACAGCAUAGAACCUAUCAACAUUUUUCAUGGAAGCUAUAAUACUGACACACCUCCCAUAAGGCUGAGCUACCAUCAUGGGAAUCAUUACAACUCUCUUGUUGACCCUCGCCGUUUGACAAUUGGUGCUGGACUUGGUUUUAGCUGUCUUCGAGGGGCAAAUGUGGACAAGGAUCAAGUCAAGGCUGCUAUUAAAGCUCAACAAGACCAACAGAUCGAUAAUGCACUUCUGGCUGAAGGGCGAUUUUACUCUGAUCUUGAGCUUACUGAGAAGGAAAUUGAGCGAAUGGUUAUGGAAGCUUCUCGAGCUGAGUACCUUGCCAAUAACAAGUUUAAGCCACAAGUUGGGCGUAAAGAAUCAUCUACUUCCACUGCAGAACCAUCUUCAUCUGGAGCUAGGCGGCCAUCAGGCAGUGAAACCAAAGUGGAGGGUUGGAAAGAGCAUGGUAUGCGGGAUACUGUUCUGAGCAGUGGCAUGCAAAUACUGUUGUCAAUGGGAUUCAGUUACCUGCAGGCAAUUGAAGCUUAUAACAUUUUCGGGGACGAUGUAGAUUCCAUGGUCUGUUAUCUUGUAGAGACCAAAAGUAGCAGCAGACGCAAAGGCAAGGCAACACAACAGAAUGAAUCUGCGGAUUAGUGCAAAAAAUUAUUAUCAGGCUGCGUAGAGCGCCAUCAUAAUCCUAGUGUUAACGUUGUUGUAGGGUUGGACAAUUCCCCAUAAUACCGAAAGGCACGCCAGAUGUGUUGAUCAAAAUUCCAAGUUAAUAAAAAUGAAUUACUAGCUUAGAAAAGUC